AUAUUAUCUUCUCCCUCUGUUGAGUCUGUUUGAGAAUGAGCAUAUGCAUGCGUGUGUGUGUGUGUGUUUGUGUGUGAGUGUGUGCACUUUCCCCAGCGCAUAAGUCAGGGCAAUGAAUGUCCUUCAGCACCAGGGGAGGGGUCAACACUCAGACACAGAGACGCAGGGGUUUGGAAAAGCUGCCUCAUUCUGCCAGCAGCAGAGGACACUACCAGACCUCAAGGAGAUGUGAGGACAAAGAAGAUGGUCUGCUUCUACAUGCGAAAACCAAGGAUGCUACGCCUCAAACCUAAACAUCUCCCUGGGGUGGGACCCCCCUGAAGAACCAGGGCGGUUGCAUUCAAUCCAUGCUAACUGAUGCCUGCUCCUAAGAAGUUCCUGGUGGCUUCCACCUCUAUGCCUCUUGCGAUGGAAUGGGGCUGGAACGUGAGCGUGUAUCUGGGGAUCCUCAUGCUCCUGCUGCUGCUGAUGGGGCUCCUACUGUGGAUGUUGCUGAAGCAGCUGAGGAACUCUGUAGGAAACAGCGCCCUCCACCCCAGCCGGUCCUUCAGAGGGCCACACUUUGGGUCCUUCAGGGGUCACAAUUUCUGAGAAAGAGAGACAAGUAUGGAAAAUCAUGCAUUGGAUGUAAUUUUUCGCCAAAAAAAGCCUUUACAAACAUCUUAUAUUGUUAAACUAUGUUGGACAACCAGAGUGGAUUAUUAUCCUGUGACUGAAACAUGAAGUUCUGGAAGUGUCCAAGACUGACCACUGAAAUCUAGCCAGCCAGCAUUCCCAGCUUUUGAGGAUAAUUCAGAUGAAAAACUGCAUGUUUAUGUUCCUAAAUAGAACACAAUUUCUUCUUGGGCUUUUUCUGGACCCAACUGCUGGAUUGAGUGGCUGUUAAUGUUCAGUGAAUAAGAAAACCUGAAGAAGAGCUGUCUGGAGUAACGUUAAUUAACAUCAGCUGUCAGAUAGCUAACCUAUUUUUAUCUGGAAGAAAUUAGUAUGAAGAUUUCUAUACAAUUAUUCCAUACAAAUUGUUUAUUAUUGAGUGAAUUAUAAGCUUUACUUUAAGUAAAACUAGACUAUAAACUGUAUUUUUCUGAGCUGUUUUUUUCUGUGUGGCUGACAGGUCUAGCUAGCUAACUUUAUCAUACUCUAUAAUCUGCUGUUAGCUAAGCUAAUUGUUUCUAUUGUCUUACUGAAAAUGUUUAGUUUGUGUCCAAUAUUAUGUUAUGUAGCCACAGUUAGGUUAUCUGUGUAGUGAUUUUAUAGUAGUUGGCCAACAUUAGACUAUCAUUUGAGUUACUUAAGCUAGCAAGUUGCUAUAGCUAGUCAACCAAAUUAGGUUAGCUACCGAGCCCAGCUCACUAGCAGCAGUUAUUCUAGCACGUCUGUUGUCUGAAACCCGUUUGCUCUAGACAAAUGGACAAGUAUAGGUACAUUUUCUUUGCUUUUUUGCAACAUUAUUUUAUUAUUUAUUUAUAUUAUUUUGCUUUUCAAAAUUAAAGAAAAUUUCUGGCCAGGUGGAUAUUGCUCAUUUUAAUUCCCCUAUUCACCCCUAUUCAUUUUGGACUCACUUGUGGGCUCCCUCUAUUGUUUCACAGUAAUUUUCUGAUAAAACGGAGAAGAAUGUGGGUAGGCUCUUCAUAAACUGAUUUUAUAUCAUAAAUUCGACUUUAUAUUGCCAUUUUUUCCCUAAUAUUUGGAACAUUACUCGGGACACAGUAUUGUUUCUGAUUACAAUAUGUUUAAUGCGCAUUGGUAAAUAUAUAUGGCUGCUGAAUUAUAUGUCCUAAGUUUUACUAUCUUCAUUUUACCGGCUGCAACACAUAUAUCAAAUCUCCUACCAGCUAAGAAGAAGAACAAAGAUUUUAUUUUAACUAAAUUAUUUGCCAUUAUUGAACAGAGCUACUGUUAGACAAAUAAACAGCAAUUUUCUAAAAGAACAUGCACAAAGAUAAUUGAUGUUAAAAUAAACAAACAUACAAAACAGUUAAAAACUCACUGGGUUAUGUUUUUCUCACUUUUUUCACAUAAAAGCAUGUUUUUUUUACCACACUGUUUUCCAUAUUAUCAAAUAUUUUAUUCCACAUGUGAUUAUAUUUUCUCUCAUGUGACCACACUGUUUUUCACACCUAAUCACAUUUCCCCCCCCAGCGUGACCACACUGUUUGCCAGAUGUGACUACACUUUUUUUCCACGUGACUAAAAUGUUGUCCACAUGUGAGCAUGUCUGUUUACACAUAAUCCCACAUGUAAGCAUGUUUUUUAUGAUCUGACCAUUUUUUUCCCUACGUUAUUACAUUUUUAUCACAAGAGAUACAUGAUCAUGUUUUUAUGUGAUAAUUUUCCCCAAGUGAUCCACACUGUUUUCCUUAAGUGAUCAUGAUCAUGUUUUUUUUUACAUGGUUAUAUUGUUUUCCACAUAUGAUCACAUGUCUUGUUUUUGUUUACGUAAAAUAACAUGAUUUUUA